AUGGCUCACAAGUUAUCUUAGAAUUGGGUCUUCUGGUAUGCUCCAAGAGGCAGGAAGGCUAUAGCAGGAUCAGAUCAUUACGAUGUGAACCUAAAAGAGAUUGGGGAAUUUAAUACAGUGGAGGAAUUCUACAGUUAUUAUUGUUAUUUACAGAGACCAAGUGAGGUGGACAUCGAUAAUAAAAUCAUGAUGUUCAGAAAGGAACAUAAGCCAAUGUGGGAGGAGUGUUUGGACGGCGGAACUUGGAUUAUCCACUUUAAGAAGAGGGAAAGCGAAUUGCUGAAUAAGAAAUGGGAGGCUCUUCUUUUAGGUUGUUGGAUUUGGUUCGAUGAUGACAAUGUCAUUGGAGUGGUGCUUUCGAUUAGGGAGAGAAGGAAUUUGCUGGAGAUUUGGUUGAAGGACAGGAAGGAGAGUGAGAAGAUCAGAAUAGGCGAGAAGUUGAGAGUGGCACUCGAGAUGGAUCCCAACAAUCUCACCUUCUUUUUCAAGGAACACAGUAAGAGUUUAAAUGAUAAAUCGACCAUGAAGGGAGCUGAAUCCUACACCUUUGUCAAAACUCCCCUUGAAACUCCGUAGACAGAACCCAAAGGGCAACAUCCAGAUCUAGAUUAAUUCAAGCUUUGA